AUGUCAAGCGGCAUUGGUUACAACAGGGUCAUGUCUCUGCCCAGCCUCCAUUUAUCCAUCCGAAGCUUUGAAGUGGAAAAUGGCCCAUCUCCAGGUCGCAGCCCCCUGGAUUCCCAGGCCAGCCCUGGAUUGGUGCUUCACCCCAGCUUUCCACAAAGCCAAAGGCGUGAGUCCUUCCUAUAUCGUUCGGACAGUGACUACGACAUGUCGCCAAAGACCAUGUCACGGAACUCCUCCAUUGCCAGUGAAGCGCACACUGAAGACCUGAUAGUGACACCAUUUGCCCAGGUCUUGGCAAGCUUGAGGAGCGUCCGUAAUAAUUUCUCCAUCCUGGCAAAUGUUCCUACGCCGACUUCCAAUAAGAGAUCUCCCUUGGGCGGCCAGCCAGCUGUUUGCAAAGCCACACUCUCAGAAGAGACAUACCAACAACUAGCCAGAGAGACCUUGGAGGAGUUAGACUGGUGUCUUGACCAGUUAGAGGCCAUUCAGACGUAUCGCUCUGUCAGUGAGAUGGCAUCUAACAAGGUAAGUGUUUAGCAAAUGCAGCCGAUGCACUAUGGUAUCCAGGAUGAUGUCAAUAUUUUGUCUGUUAUUAGUUCCACCCCAAACAUCUGUCAACUUUGAAAUGUAUACAGCCCAUAUUUGUCUUCUCUAUAAUAGUUUUAUUCUCUACAUGACAGCAUAUUUUAUAUAGUAUGCAUCGUAUUUGUGUCGCAAAGCCAAAACAUUGCAACAUGGAA